AUGGUGGCUAGAGGACUUUUUAGUCUUUUUUUACUUUUUGGAGCUUUUGGCCACUUGAUUAAAUUUAUUCACGCGCGUACUAAUGUUUUACAUGAUGGUGUUCUCGAUUCAUUGAGUUACGACCCCAGUCUUCUUUCUCUCCUUCAGAUGGAGCAGAGUCUCGACCUUGACGACGAUGAGACUUCUUAUUUGGGGACUAGUUUUUUGGACAACGGGUCAAGCUUCCUGCAGCACAGUUCAAAAUAUCUAGGGCCCUCGUACCCUGAUAGCUCGAGCUCUUUUCUGGAGGACUCGUCUUCCCUCGGCGACGAUGACGACGAAGGAGAUUUGGAUGAGGGGUCCCUUUUGGACGAGUCUGACGAGUGGCACGACGACUCUUCCUUCCUCGAAAAUGACGACUUUGCCGAUGAUAGGGAAUCGAGCUUACUGGAGUCUUCGAGUUCCAGUCGUUCCCAGGAUGACGACGAUUUCGGUGAAUCGUUUUUACAAACCAGGAGCUCCUACGCGAAGCCCUCCAGCACCUUCGGGAGCCUUGUGCAGUUGCACAAUUUUGACGCUGCUGACCCUCUCAACUUCCUGCAGGACGACACUUUGCUUUUGAUGAACGAGGACGAACAGCCUGACAUGGACUUGGAGGAGGAGUCGCCCAGGAAGUCCUCCGUCAAGGCCUUUGUUUUAAGGAGUGACAUGGAAGAGCCUGAGGGCGUCGAAAUGAGUCAAUCUCUCGAUGAAACAACUGCUGAGAAAGUUUUGUCUGUGUUGUCUGCCUACAAGGUGUGGUUGAUUGUUUUAACUGUCGUUUUGUCUAUCGCUUUAGUUGUCAGGCUCUUCUACCUUGACAAGUUCCUCAAGUUCAAGACUGAGCUUUGGACCAGGCUUGAAACCUUGAACAAGGUCGUCGUCGACAAGUUCAAUUCCGUGUUCAGGAAGAAUCAGACAGCCGCCGCCACUCCCGGUGAGACUGAGGAGACGCCCUUAUUGAGCGCAUAA